AUGUCCAGCAAACAUCCUCAAGUAGGACGACGUCAACCCCGGUUCAACUCCCCUUGCAGUCACCUGAAGAUUCGAAAACUUGCGAAGAUGAAACUCUCCUGCACCGUCUAUGCAUUGGUGCUGACUCUUCUCCUUUCGACAACCUUCUGCAAUGCCCGCAACGAUGUGGUGUGUGCUUACUGCAAAGAACCGCGUGCCGUCGAGGUCAAGACUAAAAAGCCACUUCCGGAAGCUCCGUGUGGACAUCGUUUGCUCGAUAAUACACUCUGUCAAUCAAUGCGUUUGAAGAGACUCUAUAAGUGCAAGGGUUGCAAGGAGCACAGCUGGGGCAAUGCCAGAAGGACUGAUGAUUUGCCACAAGAAGGCACUUGA